AGAAAUAAGCAACUUACGUACGUAACUUAAAGUUAGUAGAAAUAGUAUAAGAGAUAGAAGUCAAGAAAGCUGCAGCCAUGUAUGUGCUCAUAAAAUGGGUAAAAGAAAACCGAGUAAGUGUGGGCUUGGAGAAGCAUGUGAAGGACAAAAAAAUGUUGAAUGACCCAAAGAGGAUUGGCCUGGUGGAACACGGAGCGGUUGGAGUAAAACCACCUAAAUGCGGCUGGAAAGCUUUUCCGGCCCAAAUACUCGCUGUAAACGAGAGCCUUGGGCAAUUAAAAAGGCCGAGUCUCAGUGGAUAGAGAAGCACAAAAUGGCGACUCCAUCAAAACCAAAGACUAUAGAUAUUGAGGAAGAUUGGCCUAACGUUACUCACUCCGAUGACGAGGAUGAGACUCCUCAACAUCAGACAGAGGAUGACUCAAACGCCAUGACUCCAGAGCAGGCUUCAGUCUGGACUCCAAAACGGCCAAAGAGAGACUUCAGAAAUGAGGUAAAGGAGCUUGAAGAGAGGCUAAAAACCAAGGAAAAGGAGAUAAGGCGUUUGCGAAAAUUAAACUUUCAAAUGCAUGAGGGACUUGUUGAUACAAUCACACAAGCGGUCAAAGAUGCCAUUCAGGCAGCUCAGUCAACCCCCAGCCACCCAGUACCCACGUCUAACACCCAUCCAGUACCCACUUCUAACCAAGCAGGAGAGAUAAAGAACAAGUCUGUGACUGACUUAAUGAACCCAGUUGCUUUGGAUCAUGCUCAAAGAUGUGAGGGUUACAAAAAGUUAACCAGAACUCUUAUGGACUCCAUCUUCUCUUUCGAAGAGAUGGCAACAUGCUCCGUCACUGGAAAAAAAGGGGUUGUUGGUGAAAAAGAAAGAGCCUUGACCUAGAAAAAGUGCAGCUAAUAAUUGGAUGCCUGCUGCAGGAGACACAGAGGACUGAGACAACACACUUUCACAAACGCACACCCCACACACACACACACACACACGUAUACACCUGCGUUUUAGAGGCUUUUUAUGUAUUUAUGUUUAAUUUUAAUUUGGUUUUGCUAUGUUUGUUUUGAACAUUCAAUUUGUAUUGCAUAUUUUGAAAUGAAAUAAAAGCUCAAUUUGAAUUAUUUGUUUUAAUGUUGGGAAACAUGGCUAUAGGCCUUUCUGUGGUAUAUUGCUUAAUGAUUUUUACAUGGAUUCACAUGAAGUUACAGGUUUACAUGGGGUGUAGAUUUAACAUACCGGUAGAUUGUUGAUGGGUUUCAAAUGUUAUUCCAUGGGUUUCACAUGUGAUCUCAUGGGUUUCACAUGGGAAUUUUAAGUUUCACAUGUGAUCUCAGGGGUGUCACAUGGGAAUUUUACGUUUCACAUGUGAUCUCAUGGGUUUCACAUGUGAUUAAAGGUUUCACAUAGGAAUUUUACGGUUCACAUGUGAUCUCA